AAAUUCGUAAUAUAGCGCGUGGUGACUAGCGCGAACUGCCGCCAUUCCACGUUCCUAUAGUUUAAAGGUUAUCGAUUUUAAGUAAUAAGUUACGUUGUCUUAAUUCCGGUGUGUGAUUUACCCGAUGAGCGUGUUUAAAUAUUGAAUUGUGUUGUAAUAAUAUAAAUUUGUAAUCUAUUUUGUUAUAAUUGUUCUAAAUGAAGUACUAGACUUUUCAAUUUUUAAAGGUGAACUCUUAUUUUUGAAUGACGUGUGUAUUAAUCAAUAUAUUAUAUUAUAACGUAGUUCAGCAUUUUUAGAAAGACUAGCUAUGUUCAAAAGAAGCAAUUACCGAUCAUCACAAAAAAUGGUUGGCUCCAGGGUCUAUGUUGGUGGUUUGCCCUUUGGGGUUCGUGAAAGAGAUUUAGAAAAGUUCUUCAAAGGAUUCGGUAGAAUCAGAGAUAUCCUUAUCAAGAAUGGCUAUGGAUUUGUGGAAUUUGAAGACUAUAGAGAUGCAGAUGAUGCUGUUUAUGAACUCAAUGGAAAAGAGUUAUUAGGCGAAAGGGUGAGCGUGGAGCGGGCGCGGGGCGUGCCGAGGGGCGCAGACCGCUGGCGGGGAAGGGACCGAAGGGCCCGACCGCAGAGGCCUCCCAAACCACCCGCCAACGACAACAAUUACAGAUAUGGGCCGCCGACGCGUACCGAGUAUCGGCUAGUCGUCGAAAAUCUGUCAAGCCGCAUUAGCUGGCAGGACUUGAAGGAUUACAUGCGUCAAGCUGGCGAAGUCACUUACGCUGAUGCGCAUAAACAACACAGGAAUGAAGGGGUCGUUGAAUUCGCGACCCAUUCGGAUAUGCGGGCUGCUAUUGAGAAACUAGAUGGCACAGAGCUGAAUGGCCGCCGUGUUCGUUUGGUGGAGGAUCGUCGCUCUUCUCGCCGCAGGUCACGCUCUUCGUCCAGCCGCUCGAGGAGUCGCUCCCGUGAGCGUCGUCGAUCACGAUCGAGGUCCCGUUCUCGCCGCUCGUCCAAGAGCCGCUCUCGUUCUAGAUCUCGCCCGAAGAGCAAGAGUCCAGUGGCAAAGUCUAGAUCCAGAUCUAGAUCUAAGGAACGCAGCCGCUCUAGAUCGGGGUCCAACCACGAGGCGAGACAAUCGCGCUCCCCACCACGCAACGAGACCAACGGGAAAUCCGCUUCACCCUCGCCCAAACGCGAAUCCAAGGAUCCCACCAAAAGGGAGCGCUCACGUUCUCGUUCACAUAGCAAGGAGGCUGUAUCCCCAAAGCGAGACGAGGCUAAAGUGAGCAAGUCUCGUUCCCGUUCUCGCUCUGGAUCCCGUUCAAGAAGUGGUUCUCGCGAGCGUUCUCGCUCAGCCUCGCCCCGACAAAACGGAGAGUCACAAGAGCUCCGUAGUAACGACCGCUCACCUAGAAGUGGCGAAUAAGAUAAAACGCACUAUUUACUUUAAACAAAACCCCUUUAUUAAUUAAAAAGUUUUAUUCUGCAUUCAAUUUUUAUCACUUAUAAUUCUGUUUGAACAUCUAUUAAGUAUGACUACUGUCGUAGCCGAUACUGCCAACGGUUUGGGAAUGCAAAAUUUUUCAUUGAUUAAUAAGGAUACUAAAAGUAUGAAUGUUCUCUUUUUGUUAGCGAUAUGUAUGAACGAUAAGGGUUGCCAAACAAUUGUGUUACAUAUAACUAUUAAAUCCUAAUGGACAAAAAUCAGUUUAGGGUCUAUUCAAAAUUUAUACUAUCUCUCAGUAUGAAAGCCAAAAGGUAUUUUAAGUCCGUAUUUGGGUUUGCACUAAGGUUUGAUAUUAUGUAUUGAUGCAUGUGGUUUUGUACUAGACUGUUAAAUCCAUGUAUCAGAUAUAGUACAGACAAUAUUUUUAAUUUGCAAAAACCUUACUAGAUAUACUACAUACUUAUGGUAAAGUAUAAAUUUACUAUUAACAACAUUUUGACAACCCUAUAAAUAUAUAGGUUAAGAUAAUUUUGUAAAUACGGUUUUCGAUUUAAGGCACCAAAAAUAAAGUAUUAAGAUUACAAA